CUACCACUUGGACUCCAUCUCCAUUAUUACAUUGCUUAACGUUCUUCAACUUUCAUCUCCAUUCCUCUGUUUUCUUCCUUUUACUCUGAAUUUCCCUUUUGCUUCUUUCUCGUAAUCCCACCAUGGCUUUCAUCGGAGAGGCUGCUCUUUCUAAACUUUUGGAGCUGUUGCUCGGCAAGUCCAUCGAUGCUGCUCUCAACUUUGUUGCUGAUCACAAGCAAGUGUACGACCAGCUCAAGGAGUGGAAAGCCAUAUUGCCCGGUAUCAAAGCAGUGUUGAACCACGCAGAGGAGAAACAGGUCCAGGACAAGGGUGUGAAGAGCUGGUUGGAAGAUCUCCAAGAUUUGACUUACGAUGCUGAUGACAUCCUGGACGACUUUGCCUAUGAACAGUUACGUCUCAAGCUCCACAAAACUCAGGCUCAGGCCAGCACUAGUAUGGUACGGAAACUCCUUCCUACCUGCUGUACCGGUACUGAUUUCACUCCAUCUUCAUUUCUAUUUAAAAAUGACAUGAUUCCCAAGAUGAAAGGCCUCACUGAUAGACUCAACAGUCUGUCUACACAAAGAAGUAGUUUGGGGUUGAGUGAGAUGUUGCCUCGAGCUGCAAGCUCCGAUCGAAAGAAACCGGCCAGGCUUCAACCUACUUCCCUGAUGGAUGGAGAGUGUGUCGGCAGAGACAACGAAAAACGAGAAAUGCUUGAUUUGCUCAAAACUAAUAGCUCCAAUGGAGUUUCAGUCCUUUCCAUUGUUGGCAUGGGAGGGAUGGGGAAAACAACUCUUGCUCAGCUUGUCUACAAUGAUGCCAGCAUCGAGGAGUCUUUUGAUUACAAGGCGUGGGUAUGUGUUUCCGAUGACUUUGAUGCUGUUAAAAUAACCAAAACUAUUUUACAAUCCAUCGAUCCUUCCUCACAUGAUGUGAAUGACUUGAAUCUACUUCAAGUCAAGUUGAAGGAGAAGUUAUCUGGAAAAAAAGUCUUACUUGUUUUGGAUGACCUUUGGAACGAGAGUUACGAUGAUUGGACCAUCUUACGGUCUCCCUUCGGAGCAACAACCAAGAUCAUUGUAACUACUCGCCUUCAAAAUGUUUCAUCAACUGUGGAUCCAAUGAAAGCUUUUCACUUGGAUAAACUAUCAGAUGAGGACUGUUUGUCAAUAUUUUGUCAGCACGCAUUAAGAGCAAGAAAUUUCGAUGGCCAUCUCCAAUUCAAACAAGUUGGAGAGAACAUAGCGAGAAGGUGCAACGGUUUACCUUUAGCAGCAAAAGCCAUUGGAAGCCUCUUACGUACAACCUGCAAGAAUCUUGAUGAGUGGGAAAAAAUAUAUGAGAGUGAGAUAUGGGACUCCCCUGAAGAUAAAUGUGGUAUAAUUCCAGCAUUGCGAUUAAGCUACCAUCAUCUUCCUUCUCAUUUGAAAUGUUGCUUUGCAUACUGUUCCAUAUUUCCUAAAGAUUACGAAUUCGAAGAAGAAGAGAUAAUUUUGUUAUGGAGUGCAGAAGGUUUCUUGCAACAAAAAGCUAAACAUCAAUUUAAAGAUCUGGGAAAUCAAUAUUUUCAAGAUCUAGUGUCAAGGUCAUUUUUUCAGAUAUCUAGCAAAGAUGAAUCACAAUAUGUAAUGCAUGACCUUAUCAAUGAUUUAGCUCAAUUAGUUGCAGGAGAUAUAUGUUGCAGACUGGAGGAAAAUAAGCAACAAAUGUUUUCACGUCGUUGUCGCCAUUCUUCUUAUAUCAUCAGCACGUAUGACACGGUGAAGAAGUUUAAAGCAUUUAAUCAAGCAAAUUCUUUGCGUACCUUUCUUCCGUUAAAGCAAGAUUGUUGGCAUCCUUAUUACUUGACGAAUGUUGUCUUGGUUGAAUUAUUGCCGAGACUUGGCUAUUUGAGGGUGCUUUCUUUGUGUGGAUAUCGGAUCACUGAGUUGCCUGAUUGUUUGGAAAUUUUGAAACAUCUACGCUACUUCAAUCUUUCCCAUACUCAAAUCAGAUGUUUACCUGAUUCCUUAUGCACUCUUUAUCAUUUGGAAACUUUAUUGUUGAAACGAUGUUCCAAACUUCAAAAAUUACCCUCGAAGAUGGAAAAUCUUGUUAAUUUACAUUAUCUCGAUAUUAGAGGUGCGGACUUGAUAGAAAGGAUGCCUUUUGGAAUUGGAAAUCUAACCAAUCUUCAAAGGUUAUCUGAUUUUGUUAUUGGUGAAGGUGAUGGACAUAGCAUUGGAGAAUUGAAGAAUUUAUCAAACCUCAAAGGUGAUCUUUGUCUUUCAGGGUUAGAGAAUGUUAAUGGUCGAGAUGCAUGGGAAGCCAGGUUGAAUGAGAAAUCGGGGAUCAAUAAUUUGGUACUAGAAUGGAGUGGAGACUUUGAGAAGCCUACAAGGAAGAAUGAAGUUGAAGAACGUGUGUUGGACUCUCUUCAUCCUCCCAAAAAGCUUGAGCAACUCUUCAUCAAGAAUUUCGGUGGUGCAAAGUUCUCUACUUGGAUAACAGAUUCUUCUUUGAGUAAUUUGUCAUCUUUGAAGCUACGCAGUUGUAAAAACUGCAAAUCGCUACCACCGAUUGGAAGGUUGUCAUCGUUGAAAAGUCUUUCAAUUGGUGAGUUGGUUGAGGUGCGCAAGAUUGGUAAUGAGUUGUUUGGGGAAAAUCAGUCAGUUGCAUUUGCAUCUUUAGAGAGUUUGUCUUUCGAGAGUCUACCAAACUGGGAGGAGUGGGAUGCUUGUGAAGGUGACGAACAAGUUUCAAAGUUACCCAUGCUUCGUAAGCUUUCGAUAAGACAUUGUCCUCGAUUGUUGGGAAGGUUGCCAACCCGUCUUCUGUCCUUGCAGAAACUUGAAAUCUACGAGUGCAUGAGGUUAGUAGUUUCAAUUUCAAGUUAUCCAUCACUGCGUGAAUUAAGCGUGGAAGGGUGUGAAGAAUUGGUGGAUGAAUGCUCAUCUUCUUCACCAGGCGAGGAGGUCACCUCUUUGCAAAGCGUGACUCUUUCAAGAAUUUCAAAGUUUAGUAUUGCAGCUGAGAGGAGAAUGUUGAGGUUUGCAAACUCCAAACAUUUUGUAACUCGUGAUUUCAGUUUACUACCAAAAAUGUCGCAUGCUUUCACAUUCCUUACAAGAAUGGAACUAGUAAACUGUGAAGGUUUGGUUUCUUUUACAGAGAGUAACUUCCCCCCUGCUCUAAAAGAGCUUACGGUUCAGGGUUGUGAGAAUUUGCAAUACUUGUUAGAUGAGAGUAUGAGUAGUAAUACUUAUCUUCUUGAGGUCUUGAACGUUGAUUGCUGCCAGUCUCUAAAAUGGUUAUCAUCAAGGGGUGAUAUAUGCAAUCGGCUUCAACUUCUCCAUGUUCUCUGCUGCCCAGAGUUGAGAAGCUUAUUUUUAAAUUCCAAGUUACCCGUAAUGCUUAAGAAGCUGCAUAUUUUUCAGUGUCCGGUGCUGGAAUGCAUAGCCGAAGAUUUCCAUGAAACCACUGAUCUCGAAAGGAUUCAUAUGGAUGAUGUUGGAAAUAUUAAAUCUUUACCGCGAGGAAUAGACAAGCUCAGUCAUCUCCAGGAGAUUUCUUUGUUUGAUUGUUCAAAUCUGGUGGCUUGUUUCGACGAAAUUGGUUUGCCUACCACAAAUCUCAUAGAUUUCACAGUUUUCAAAUGUGAAAACAUUGUAGCCCUUCCAAAGUGCAUCAGCAACUGCACCUCCCUUAAGGAGCUAAUGGUGUCCCACUGUGGGGCUGACAGAUCCUUUUCAGAAGAGGGUUUCCCUACCAACCUGACAUCACUCCGAAUCUUUAAUGCACCCGAAAUCUAUAGCUCACUUGUUGAAUGGGGAAUCCAUAGACUUACCUCUCUUCAGCGACUCGUAAUAAGUGGUGAAGAAUGCUCAAAUGUGCUGUCCUUUCCAGAAGAAAGUAUAGGGAUGAGGCUGCCUCCUUCGCUCACCUCUAUCCGGAUUUCGAAUUUCGAUAAUCUGGAAUUCAUGUGCACCAAGGGCUUUCAACACCUCACCUCUCUCGAAGAAUUGGAGAUCACAGAUUGUCCAAAGCUCACAUCUCUUCCGGAGAAACACAUGCUUCUCUCGCUUGGGCGGUUAUAUAUUGAGAGAUGUCCACUGUUAAAAGAAGAGUGCAGGAGAGUUAAAGGACCAGAAUGGUCCAAGAUUUCCCACAUAACUUGCGUUCGAAUUGAUGAUGAACAUCUCAUUCCGAAAAAAGUAGAUUGAUGGUAAAGCUGCAAAAUUUGGUUUUGAUUUCUCCACACUUAAAUCACAGAUGGGUUGUAGCAUGAACAGUCAAAGCUCGGUCUUUUAAAGCACAAACUCUGCAUCAACCAUUGUUGCAGAAAAUGAAGAAUCUCAGCUCUCAGCCAUGACCCAUUGUUCCAAUGAGAUUAAACAAGGAGAUGAUCCAACUCUACUAAUCUCCAGACAGAAACCCAAUCCCAAGAGCAGCUGGAGAAAUCAGAAUUGAAGAAUAUAACAACAAUUGAUGACCCAGCAUAUGAAUAUCUCACUGUAAAUUUCUGGGAUUUUGUUAUUCUCAGUCUCCCAUACCCUAUUAUGUGAUUUUAUCACGUGAGACCAUUUUGAGUGUCCUUUAUCUUAUCUUCGUUUUCUUCUUCAACUCA